UGAAAUUGUCAAACACAAUAAUAUCCCCAUAAACUGCAAUAAAUAAAUACAACUAAUUGUAACUAAAAUAAUCAACUUUUUUUGUAGAUAAUGUACUUCAACCAUUAGUAUAUUAUAAUAAUGUCAGAAUCAUCUAAAUCGAAGUCCUUAAAUUUGAAUCCAUCACCGACGUUACAAUGUAAGAAUCUUCAUGAAUAUCUGCAAAGCAGAACUCCACAAUUUCUAGAAACUCUAUACAAUUAUCCUACGAUAUGUCUGGCUGUGUACCGAGAACUACCAGAAUUGGCACGGCAUUUUGUGAUUCGGUUACUAUUUGUGGAACAGCCAGUUCCGCAAGCUGUGGUUGCAUCAUGGGUCUCACAGACACAUGCUAAGGAGCAAAGUAAAGCAUGUGAAGCAUUGUCCGAACUAUCGGUGUGGCAGGAGGCACCUAUACCCGGAGGCUUGCCUGGGUGGAUACUUGCUCAAUCCUUCAAAAAGAACCUCAAGGUUGCUUUAUUAGGGGGUGGUCGCCCAUGGAGCAUGUCAUCAUCGCUGGAGCCCGACAGCAAGGCACGGGAUGUGGCUUUCCUGGACUCAUAUGCACUGGAGCGUUGGGAGUGUGUGCUCCACUACAUGGUGGGCAGCACACAGACUGAAGGCAUCAGUGCUGAUGCUGUGAGGAUACUGCUGCAUGCUGGAUUGAUGACCAGAGAUGCAGAAGACGGGUCUGCGGUUAUAACAAGAGCCGGGUUCCAGUUCCUAUUGUUAAGCACACCUAAACAGGUGUGGCUGUUCCUGCAGCAUUACCUGCAUACAGCAGAGAAGAGGAGCCUCAGCGCUGCAGAGUGCCUCGCCUUCCUCUACCAGCUCAGCUUCAGCACGCUCGGCAAGGACUACAGCACCGAGGGCAUGAGCAAUAACAUGCUGGUGUUCCUGCAGCACCUUCGUGAAUUUGGCCUCGUCUAUCAGAGGAAGAGGAAAGCGGGUCGAUUCUACCCGACGCGGCUGGCUCUGAACAUUACUUGUGUGCGCGAGGGGUCCGGGCCGCCCCCCGCACCCGCCGCGCCCGUCGCACCCGGCGCGCCCCCCGCACCCCCCGCACCCGGCGCCCGCGGGUACAUCGUGGUCGAGACCAACUACCGCGUGUACGCGUACACACAGACCAGCCUGCAAGUGGCACUGCUCGGACUGUUCACUGAACUGCUCUACAGGUUCCCAAACCUGGUGGUGGGUGUGGUGACGCGAGAGUCCGUGCGGCAGGCGCUGCGCGGCGGCAUCACCGCUGACCAGAUCAUACAUUACCUCGAGCAGCACGCGCACCCACAGAUGCUGAAGUCUGAGACUGGCGGCAUCCGCAGCACCUCACUGCUGCCGCCCACCGUAGUGGACCAGAUCAGGCUGUGGCAGGCUGAGCGCAACCGCUUCUCCUACACCGAGGGAGUCGUCUACAACCAGUUCCUCUCACAGGCGGACUUCGCGCUGGUGCGGGACUACGCGCGUGCGCAGGGCGUGCUGACGUGGCAGAGCGAGCGCACGCGCACUGUCAUAGUGACGCGCGCGGGACACGAGUGCGUGCGCAAGUACUGGAAGAAACACUCCAAGACCUCUUAGCUGAUGUUUACC